GCAGCAGAGACGCCAUUGACCAGUAUAUUAUAAAAUAUGCGCUUGUGCAGCUAAUGAGACGACAACACCUAAUUAUCAAGAAGUAAUGUUGGGCUAUUAGAUGGAAUGUUACUUCAUCAACAAGCAGUUGAAAGAAAUUCUUCUCCCAAAGGCCUUCAAUAUUCACUUGAAAACUUCCACGUCCCAUAUACCGGAGCCUAUCUGGUCAAAAGCACAAUGACUGUGGAUUUAUAUUGGUAAACAGAAAUGAAGAUAAGACGAUUCAUUGACCAACUGGCCAGUCUUAGGGUAUAUUAAAGAGCCAAAAAGUCUCUUUGAAUUGAUUAAUACUCAUUUUUGUCUUUCUAUUCUUUAUUCCUCUUCACUUCAUAUGAGAAUUGGAGAAGAUUGCCAAGUUUAUAUCCUCCGAUUUAUACCAAAUGAGCUAUCAUUAGAUUAUUCCACGAUCUUUCCAUUCUUCCUAUUCCCAGUGGACACCGAGCAGCACAAUGCUACUCAGCUGGGACCUGGCCAAGUAAACCUUACAACUUGAUCGACAGACUCCCUUACAAUUGUAUCAGAACAGAGGGAUUACUUUCUACGAUGACUCAUGUCCUAUGGUUCCACCCAGCAUGAAGAUACCAAAUAUUGAAUCAUACGAACUGCAAUAUUCACUUGGGCGGUAUGUGAUUGUGACCAUGAGAGUUGCGAAUUUUCUGAGUUUAUCAAUUCUUCUCGGUUCAGCUUCUAGUAGGUCUAGAAUUUUGAAUAUGUACGGCUACCAGAACUUCUCUUGUCAGCAACAGUUUAUGAUUACUUAAUUGUUAGUUAGGGUGCAAUUCAGUACUUAGUUUUGCUUUGAGACGGCCAGUAACAACUCAGACAGCAUACCAGGUACUCUAGGAGAUCAUGAACAUGGAUCCUGUCGAACAAGUCCUACUACAGCGGGUCAGAGAAAGACACUCCUCGAAGAGUACUUUUGGUUCACUUAUCACCAUAUCUACUGGAAGCAUUCUACUGCAGUAAGUUAGAGAAAAUUACUCUCACAGAAAAAUUUCAUCGGUACUCACUAUGGCUCCGAAAUCUUCAUUACAGCCAUUUUUCAACCCAAGAAUAACUUCGACAGCGUUUGCUACCACCUUUAACCUCAUCUUUACCACUUCCUCGGAUAGUAAAGUAUCAAGUUUUUCUUUGGCUAAAGAUCAAUUCAAGGACAUACUUGUGAAUUAUAAAUCCGAACAACAGGGCUUUCCUCAGUAUUCGAGAUUCCCCCUUGAGAUCCAGAGAAAGAUCUGGAUCCAUACAAUGCCUGAUCCAAGGGUUAUCCCCAUAUCAUUUGAAGACGCUACUCAGGUUUGUCAGAGCGCCAUUUCAGUUCCAAUAUCCUUACACGUAUGUAGUAUCUCCAGAGCUGAAGCCUUGAGAUUCUAUUCAUUAUCUUUCGGUACCACGAACGAAAACGGCCGUAUAUACUUUAGAUUCGGGUUUGAUAUACCUCUCUUAUUGACCAAUAUCUUCAACAAAACCCAGCCUAUCGAGCUGCCCACGCAAAGGUUCGAAAUUUUUGUCAAUAGCAUUCAGAACCUUGAAAAGCUUGAUGCAAUUGCCAUGAUACCCGGACUGGUCAAAUCGAUUUUUGGCCCUCAUCCGAGACCAUGCCCAGAUCUCUGCAACACAUUCGUCGAGAAAAUGCCAAAUUUGACACAUCUGCUGUCUGCAAAUUGCACUAGGGAAAGAGAUGAACUACCUAUUGGUAUGUCUGGGUACCUUGUGGGUUAUAAGACUAUUGGUACCAAAGUGUGCAGUGAUCUAUCCUUGUCCAUAAAGUCUUAUGCACUAGAUGAGGACACUCAGCGCCGGACUGACAACUUCAGGAGGUUCUGGAAUAUUAAUUGGUGCCAGGCUUAUCUGGAGCUGCAUGGUCUACCUUUAGUAUUGGUGAAGGAGAAGGACCUAGAAGUUGGUGAGGUCAGGCGGUUUUCUCGCGUAGGGAAUGAAUGGGGACAUUCCCCAUGGAUUCGAUCUGUGCUUGGCUACUCCCGCCCAUAAGACUUCUCGCCUGAAUAUUGAACCUUGUCUUUGUUGCGGGUUGGUGAAGCUUAACGACUAUAUACUAUUUUUCAGUUUUGGUCUCGAAUGGACUGGUUAAUCAACGGAGGAACUGAUGCAUUAACUGGAGAACAUAUCAUCAGCGAGAUGAACAUGCUAGAGGUAGUGAUUUUUUUGAUAGUUGCUUAAUGAUCUCAUGAAGGAAAUUGCAAUUGUCUUAAACAUGUGUGUGAUAGUAAAACUCCAAACUGAGGCUUCCGUGUCAAUACCUAAUCAAAAGCCAGAAAGUCCCACGGAAAUUGAGUAUAUAAAAGGUAAAUCUAGGCUGUAUCACUAACAGCGUCUGGGAAAAAAAUUGCCGCCAAAGAUAAAGUAAUAGAGUGACUUUGUCUUCAAUUAGACUUCUUCGGUGAUAUCGAAGGUUCUUCGAUUUCUUCUCAGAGUGUGCGAGUUAUUUGCUUUAUCGAUUGAGCAAUUUUGAUGACUUUUGAAUUCUAACAACCCCUCGUAUUCGCAGUGCCGUGAAACCAUUCAGCAGAAUCUGAGGCGGCGGUUCUAUAGAGAAAACUGAGUGUCCCUUCAAAAAAUACAACCCGAGAUCGGCUGGUUGACUUUUCGAUGAUUGUGCGUGACGUCACGUAUCGUUGAGUGCAGAGGCAUGUACGCAGUAUGUAGACCGCAUUCGGAACGGAUACUCAGCUAAGAAGAUAGAAAAGGCAAUCUUUUUUACGAUCUUUGCAAAAUUAUUGAUGUUGCUUUUGUCGAUGUGUCGUUUCUUUUUCGGCGUUGGUGGGACCUGUCGAUGGCCCUCUUCUCAUCGUCCCCUUGAAGUGGAAAAACAAUUAGCGAGUACCAACUUCUCAAUAUUUCCAUCUAUAUGAUACACAUAACCAUUUCAUCUGUAGUUUCUCGAAUCUGAAAACUCGACACUUUCGUGAUUGAUCUUUUUCGUUCCGCCUAGAGUGCUCACGUGCUGUCGUCUCCGAGAUUGAUUUAAACUUAUGCCGCAGUUCAACACAUGUUUGGACUCUGAUUGGUGUAUAUCAGUUGUCGAGAUUAAUGCGUACUCGUAGAUAUUAUGUGUUAGUUGGAUCA